GGCGAGUUGAACCACUUUCCCGCCAAAUCUCACCCCGCCACCACCACCACGAUCAUCGCCUACCACCUCACCGAUCAAACUCUCGUCGCACCACACAACCCGCGUUCAUUUGCCCAGCAGCAAUCGCGAUGGGGUUCCUGGAGGAGUGCGAGGCGGUGCUGGGAAGCCGCGACCUCUACGCGCUCCUCGGGGUGGCGCGCGGCGCCUCCGAGGGCGACGUGCGACGCGGCUACCGCAGGAAGGCCCUCGACACCCACCCCGACCGCGCCGGGGCCGGGGCCACGCGCGCCUUCCAGCUGCUGGGCAAGGCAUACACACUGCUCAAGGACAAAGACACCCGCGCCGCAUACGACGAGAAUGGCACCGUGGACGAGGAGUCGGACGUGUUGAGCCAGGACCGCGACUGGGAGCAGUACUUCCGCAUGCUUUUCAAGAAGAUCACAGUGGACGACGUGCGGAAGUUUGAGAAGACUUACAAGGAGUCGGAGGAGGAGCUGGCGGACCUGAAGCAGGCGUACGUGAGCUGCGAGGGCGACAUGGACGGCAUCCUGGAGACGGUGCUGUGCGCCACCAUCGAGGACGAGCCGCGCUUCCGUGCCACGCUGCAGGCGGCCGUUGACGCACAGGAGCUCCCCGACUUCCCCGCGUUCAGCCAGGAGAGCAAGCAGAAGCGGCAGAAGCGCCGACGCAAGUACACAGCCGAAGCGAAGGAAGCGGAGGCUCACGCGAAGGAACUUGGGCUUGAUGGAUCCGAUGACACUCUCCAAGCACUCAUUCUGAAACGUCAAGAAAACAAUAAGAAUCAGAUGGACUCGUUUCUGGCUGAUCUGGAAUCUAAAUACUGCAAGAAAGGGAAGAAUGCAGGCCCUGCGACGAAGAAAGGCAAAGGGAAGAAGUGAAUCUGCAUGAUUUCACAAAUUCGGCAUCGACACAGCUGACAUUAUGUUCGCAGCACCAAGCAAGACGUCAGUGUUACGAUGAGUUGCUGCAGCUGAGCAAGUAGACAAACUAGUGGCUGGGGUGAAGCCAGUGGUUUUGAAAUGUGGGGACAGUAGAGUGUGAAAUUCUAUCGUCAUGUAGUUAAAUAAUUUAAAUACACAAUGUGCAGGUUUGCACGAGUGCUUAUUGUUUUGGUGUAUAUGAAUACAUACUCUGUUACGCGUGUAUUUAGAUGCUAUGGAGAGGGGAAAAAAUGGAUGUGUAAAAUAAAUGUGAUUAAAUGAUACUGAAAAUGUGCUCCCAAGGCACUUACGAUACAUGGAUUUGUCCCUUGUGAUGUAAUUGUGAACUCGAUGUAGCAGCAGCUCUGCAAGCAGUUUCGUUUCAGUGCAGCACGUGGGGAGGGUAGAGCGAUUACCGAUACAGCGUGACUUUCUAAAGUAAAGGGGUUUUUCAUUUUAGUUUAUCACAUGUAAAAAUGUAAUUGAAUACACUUGUGCAAAACUAUUGCGUCAAUUCAUUUAUCAUAACUUUUCACAUACAGCUAUGAACAUGAUGUAGCUAUAGACAUGCUCUAUCUUGUAUACUAUAAAGCACUCCUUGAGGGCAUCUGCACAGCACUAUCAGUCUCAGAACGUUGCAUCCUGCAACUCUAAAAUCUGUUAAAUUACUAAGCCAAGCACCCAAACGUGACUUGGAACACAAUGCUCAUGCCCUAAAACAAAGAACACCUCACCAGUAUCCACUGAUAAUAAACGGCAAAUUUGAGCCAACUUUCAAGAGGGACUGAAGCCCCAUCAUUGCUAAAUUCACUCCAUAAUCACUAUAUUUUUGACACCUACAUAAAAAAUGUUGUUAGAUGUAAAUGUAUUUGUUGUCCUUCCCCCGCACCUCUGAAGAUAAGCACGAUUGGAUACGUACGGUGUGAAAGAAGUUCUACAUACCCUAACAAAUUCAUGUUCCUGAAUCUAUUCGUGUUAAUCCAUGUCCAAUCAAUGACCUCAGGAGGGUGUUUGACUUGUUGUUUUUGGUAAUUGGCAGGGAUAUUUCUGCCAGAGACAUGUAAGAUUUGGCCAAGUUUCACGGACCGAGGCAGAAAAGGUUUAAUAUGUGAGGUCACAAAAUAUUUUACGUAAAAUGGCUUCCGGAUGACACCAAUGACAUAAGGGUGCCAAUAACUUAAAAAUGUGUAAAGCUAUGGCAAAAUGUACACUUCUGCUGGAAAGAUGUUCGUGCUCUACGUAUCUGGGACUUUCCCUAUAUUUGCAGAACACAUGAGCACAAUACAUAGUAAUGAUUUUGCAAGAUUCCGGUAGUGCAUUGAAAUGGUAUUUCUUUGUAACAAUUUCACCAAUAACAAGCACUUCAGGCAAAUGAAGAAAAUCCAUAUUCCUGAAGAUUGUCAUUUCAAACAUCAGCAACUCACAAAAAUGUUACACACCAUUUAGAAUUAACUUGAAUGUGUUCAUGUGUGUAGUGGUUAGCGUGCUUUGCUACGAACCCAGCGACCCGAGUUCGAUUCCCGCUCACGGCCAACACCAGUGAUGAUUAUCUGAACCAGUCUUGGGCCUCCCCUAGGUCGACUCUGCCUCAAUUGAGUACCUAGUACGAUGAGUAAAAACGUUGCCACGAGGGAGACAAAGGCGGCCGGGCGUGGUGCUAGCCACCUACCCCCUCGUGUGCCAUUCUGGCCAUCAUAGGUUCUUGCUAGCAGCACUUGCCCCAACAGUUUCUUAAGGCUAUACGGGAGGGUCUUUGAUACCUGAACACCUCAAUAGAUGGGUCCAGUUCGUGGGUCCCCAGCUGUUCAGAUAUGAAUAUUUAUUUUAGAUCUCAAGGACAUUGCUACCUGCAUCCACGGGCAUUCUCCAUCUGACUGAAUCUUGUUCCAGACUCAAACGCCAGCAUACCAAUUCCAGACUACAUUGGAACACCCCUGCCAGCAUAUACAGGAAAUGCGUAUUGUAUGCAACUCCUCCCUACAUUUUUGGAGCAGGGGAAGUCUUGCCAGCAGCGUUGACCAUCUUUCCAGAGAGGCUAUUGAUGCCUUAUCCGGUCUUGCACUUGGUGGCCAGAUGUAGAAUUGGGAGUUCACAAUUCCAGCUGGCAUCUGUGGCGUCACUCGGGGCAGAGGUCUCACACCUUCAAUUUGUUGCAACUAAUACCAUUGUUCAGGUGAUGCAAGUCUAGCUUGAACUGUCACCACAAGAAACUGUCGGGAAGUCCCCUGACUUAUGAGAAUCUGGAACUUUUGGGAAAGUCCCUAUACACAAAAGUUACCCAUGCAGGUUACACUCGAUGCAGGAUGCGGGACACUUGUUCAUGCAAAACAGCGUGCUUGAGCAUCGCUCCAUUUUAAGUCGCGUGCUGCAAUGAAAAUCCCCAUCUGCCCUUUGUAAAAAAAUAUAUUUUAAAUGUAUUUGGUCAGAAUCAACACAAUGUGUGUGUUCACAUUGUUUUCUAACAAAUUGGACAUCCUGUGAAAGAACGUAUGCAAAAAACACUGCCUGAAGGACCUAACUAAAGUGAAACGGUAGCAGCACAAACAUUCUCUGGACAAUGAAACUCUGAUAUCAAACAGAUUCCUGGGUGAUUACAUGCGAUUGGAGGCCACUGUAUUGUGCUGAUGACCUUGGAGAGCAGAAGCUUCCGUGUUUAUGUUUUCAAGUGUGCUGGUGGAGUUAAGAAGUGAUUCUGUAUUUGCUGGAGCGUGUUGAUGGCUGAUAAGUAAAAAACUGGCAUUUGUUGAGUACACAUUUUUUGAUAAACGAAUCCACUAAACUUGUUCGUCUGCCACCAUUGACAUUGCUCAUUUAAAUGUGGGCAUAUAUAGCCCUGUGUUCCCUUGUGCCUUUUCAUUCAUUAGGUACAAUAACAAGAUCAUAAUGCUGACAUUCAGCUUAUAAACCAAGCUUAUCUUUCAACGAGUGUUAUUGAAUCACUGAAUACUAAGCAAGGUUUUAGUGCCUAAGCCAGCCAAUGAUACAUUCCUUGACUAGAA